AUGCGUCUACGGGAUUCAAAAUGGCUGACUCCCCAGCGACGAAGGUUUUGGGCUAUCCUCCUCACCGCUGCCAUCUGCGUUGUCAUGAUUGUGACACUGAGCUGGCACUUUUCCGAUCGAAGAGAUUCGCCUCGCCGUCCACAGAAAGACUCAGGCAACUCAGGGGGACAAGAAGAAGACGACCUGAUUUGGCGAAGACUGCCAUGGAAUAAUCCCUUGGAAAAGCCUCGGCCGCUACCGACCCAGGGUACCAAGCCCCUGCCUGCGGUGCAGUUCAAGUUUGGGGAUGAGACCGAAGACGACAAGAAGACACGCCUUGGUCGUCGCGAGGCAGUCAAGACGACAUUCCAGCGUUGUUGGGCCUCCUACAUAGAUCAGGCAUGGCUCCACGACGAGCUCAAGCCCGUCAGUGGCGGAUCCAAAGAUACAUUCGGCGGUUGGGCGGCAACCUUGGUUGACGCCCUUGACACCAUGUGGAUUAUGGGCAUGUACAACGAGUUCAAUGAAGCCGUUGGCGCUGUGGAUAAGAAUAUCUCCUUCGCCAGCUCUUCGUCUGGUGAUGUCAUUAGCUUGUUCGAAACCAACAUCCGCUACCUGGGUGGUCUGGUUGCCGCUUACGAUUUGAGUGGCGAGGAUCGACUAAAGAAGAAAGCGACCGAUGCUGGAGACAUGAUACUCAAGGCGUUUGACACGCCCAACCACAUGCCCGUCGGCCGCUGGAACAUCAAGGAAGCUGCCGAAAACAAGAACCAGACGGCGCCGCCCUCGACGAGCCUGGCCGAGAUUGGUACCAUGGUUCUCGAGUUCACGCGACUGAGUUUAAUUACCGGCGAUGCACGAUACUACGAUGUCACGCAACAUAUAACCGAUCUUCUCGACGCCUCACAGAUGACAACGAAACUUCCCGGUCUGUGGUCCGGUUCAGUCGAUCCCAGCGCCGCACGCUUCGACACCGGCUCGAUAUACUCGAUGGGUGGCGGCUCCGACAGCGCAUAUGAAUACUUUCCCAAGAUGAUGGCCCUACUUGAUCACCUCGAUCCCAUGUACGAGCGACUGUACAAGCGCAGUAUGGCCGCCACGCACAAGCACCUCAUCUACCGCCCAAUGGUCCCCGGUGACGCUGACAUCCUGAUGACGGGCGAUGCAACCACCAGGGACGCCCCCGAAGGCCAGCCAAACCUAUCAGCCGUGACUGAACAUUUGACGUGCUUUGCGGGCGGCAUGUAUGCCCUUGGUGGGCGACUCACGUCCAACGACUCUGACGUUGAGAUUGGCCGACGCCUGACUGACGGCUGCGUAUGGGCGUACAAUGCCACCAAGUCCGGAGUCAUGCCUGAGCGACUCAUGGGCGUGCCCUGUUAUGACAAGACGCACUGCACGUGGAACGAGACGGCCUGGCGCGCGGCCGUCGGCGACAGCGUUCGGGACGACGAGCUGCCUCCCAAAGGCAUCGCCAAAAUCGUGUCCAAGGAGUACAUCCUACGACCCGAGGCAAUUGAGAGUGUCUUCAUCAUGUACCGCAUCACCGGUGACAAAAUGUGGCAGGAAAAGGCGUGGAUCAUGUGGCAGGCCGUCGACGGCCUCACAAAGACGGACCUGGCCAACAGCGCUGUGGCCAAUGUGGACACUGAUGAUGCCAGGAAGCUGGACUCCAUGGAGAGCUUCUGGCUGGCAGAAACGCUCAAGUACUUUUAUCUGGUGUUUUCCGAGCCGUCGCUGAUUAGCCUCGACGAGUGGGUGCUGAAUACAGAGGCGCAUCCUUUCAAGCGUCUUGGGACCAAGUCGUAA